AUGUCCGAAAAAGGACAAACAGACGAAACUCAAUCUUAUAUUGAUUCAGAUUCAGAACAGAUUGCAGAUAGCAUAAUUCCAGAUGAGCAAGAGCAAUCAAAUCCAGAAUUAAAAGCAAUAUCUCCAUUAAGAGAGACAAUUUAUAGCGAUAUCGUUACAUCAUCUCUUAGUUUAAAGAGAUCAUCAGAUAAUAAUGACCAAGACAUUGAUUUUGUCUGUGAUGCAGAUGGAAUUAUUCCUUUAUCAUUGACAAAAACAGUCGAAAAAGUCGAGAAAUACAACUUCAAUUUCGGAAAAGAGCUAACUCUCAAACAAGUACCAAAGAUUACAUAUGAUGUCAGGUUAGUUGACGAAAAUACAAUCGACUUCUUCUUGUUACACAUACAUGAAGAAGAUAAUAAGCUUUUUCUAUUCGGAAAGAACGUUUGUAUCGAUACAUCCACAACUAUUUGCAUACAAAUUACGAAUCCAAUUUAUUAUCUCUAUUUUUAUCCGAUUGUCGGCCACGAAGAUGAUUUAAUUGAUGAAAUUAGAGAACUAAGUAUCGAAAUGAAUGGAUAUCUUAUCAGUUACGAGUACAAAAAUCUAAAUUAUUGUUUUGGAACAGAAAAUUUAGACAAAAACACGAAAUGGUUGGAAUGCCAACUUCCAGCAACUUGUGAUGUGAAGAACUUCCCUCAGAAUGGAAAGAACUACUUCUUGUUGAUAGGAAGAACAUACAGUUUGACAGAAAAUUUUGAAAUGACUCAGAAAAUUAAAGGACCUCAAUUUUUGAGAGCGAAAAAUUUGACACAAAAAGAUCCUGUCACUUUUUGUCCAAUGUUUUGUGUUAAUUCUAUUUUUGAUGUAGAAAUCAUUGAGAAGAAGAUCGACAGAUUACCACCGCCAUUGAAUGUUUGUGUUAUAUCUAUUGGAACUUAUUUUAAUGAAGAAAAGAAAACUCAUGAGAUAUAUCUAUUGAAUGUCAGAGUUUUCAUGAACCAUAAAUUCCAUAAAUAUCAGGAUAACAUUGUUCACACUUUCAUAACUUCGCCUAGUCCUGAUAUAAAACUUAGAACUGAAUUAAUUUUCACUAAUUUAAAAAGUGACAAAUCACGUCAUCAUUCAAAAAGUGACAAAUCUAAGAACACAAACAAACACAAAGAGAAAUCAAAAAAUUCAAAAAGUGACAACACAAACAAAAAUGAAGAAAUAUCUCAUAUUUCAAAAAGUGACAUAAAUAAAAGUGACAAAGCAAAAGCUUCUGAUACUAAAAAUCAAAAUGAAGAAAAACAUAAAAUCCCAAAAAGUGACACCAAUAAAAGUGACAAAGAUAAAGGAGAAAAAGUGAAUGAUGAAAUUUUUGUUGGAAAUGAAACAAAAUGUGACAAAUUUAAAGAUGAUAAAACACAAACAAGAGAAGUAUUGUUAGAAGCUGAAGAAUAUGUUGAACCAAAACAAGAAGAUACAAAAUUGAAUGCAAAUUUGUCAGAAAGAGUCACUUUUUAUUCAUCAGAGAAGAAACUUUUGAAAAACUUUGUUAGAUUGAUUGACAAACUUGAUAUUGAUAUUUUAGCAUCAUAUACAAUGUUUACCAAUGAUAUCCAAGUAAUAUUUGACAGAAUGAAGACAUUAAAUGUCGAAGAAUGGUUCAGAAUUGGAAGAUUAAACAGAUCCACACAAAUAAAAACAUCAAAAUACAACGCAAGUUUCUGUUUGAGUGGAAGAAUUGCUGUAGAUAUUAGAACUAAUUUAAGAGAAUUUCUGAAUUUGCCAGCAAAUGAUUUAUCAUCUGUUUCUCUCCAAGAAUUCGGAAUCAAAAGACAACAAAUAGAAAAUGUUGACAUUUUGAAAGAAAUCAACGAUAGAAAUAAGGUUAUUUCUUUGAUUGAAUUUUUUGAAAGAGAUACGAAUAUUUUGACGAAAUUGAUGGAGAAAACAAAUCUCUUAGAAAUCACAUUCAGACUCAGUCAGAUUUCUGGAUUGUUAUGGUGUAAGACCCUCAAAUCUAAACCAUCAUAUAGAUGCGAAUCAAUUUUGUUGCAUUCUUUCAAAGAGAAAAAUUUUGUUUUACCAGAUAAAAAACAAAAAGCGGAUUUCGCUCCUAAAUCUAAACUCGGAAAAUACAGAGGAGCAACAGUUCUUCAGCCAAAGAAAGGUUUUUAUGAUACAAUUAUCGUUUUACUUGACUUCACUUCACUUUAUCCAUCCAUUAUUUCUGAAUACAAUUUAUGUUUUACUACUGUUGAUAAAAGGAAUCCGAACUCUGAAGAAGCAGUGAAUUGUGGAAGAAAAGGAAUUUUGCCAGAAAUCAUGGAAAAUUUGACAAAAAUGAGAAUUGAAUUGAAAAACAAAAUGAAUACUUUACAAGACGAUAAAUUCAAUUUUGACAGGUUUUUAAUUAAGCAGCAAGCAAUUAAAUCCUUGUCGAAUUCUAUUUACGGUUAUUUAGGUUUUUCUUUGUCACGUUUUGCUUCAAAUGAAAUUGCCGCAUUAAUUACAGAAAGAGGUCGAUUUGUUUUACAGAAAACAGUGGAAACUGUUGAGAGUUUGGGAAAAUUUUCUGUUAUUUAUGGAGAUACAGAUUCGGUCAUGGUAAAUACAGGAACUAAAUCUGUUGAAGAAGCAAAAAAGAUUGCAAAUGAUAUUUCUGAAAAAGUGACAAAACAAUACAAAUUUUUGAAGUUAACUGUUAGUGGAUUAUUCACUAAAAUGCUGUUAGUUGCAAAGAAGAAAUACGCUGUUACUGUUUAUGACGACGAUAAUAAAUGUCAUCGAGAAGUGAAAGGAUUAGAUAUGGUCAGAAGAGAUUGGUGCCAACUAACGAAAUAUUUAUCAUCUUUUGUUUUGGAUCAGAUGAUGAAUAACGACGACAGAUCUUUGACAGUUAGAAAUUGUUUGUCUGAAUUCCACAAUGUUGCAAAAUUACUUAGAAAAUCUAAUAAUGAUGAACAAAAUUCAUUGUUUUAUUAUGAUGAAAAUUUCUCUCUUCAUAAUAAAUCAAAUAAAAAUGAUGUUGACAAAAAGAAUGACAAAAUUAAUUCAAAUGAAAAUGAAAAACAAAACUCUAAAAAUGAAUUAAAAAGUGACAAAAUAAAUUCAAAAGAAAAUGAUAAAGAAAAUUCUAAAAAUAGUGUGAAUGAAAAUGAAUCAAAAAGUGAAACAAAGGAUAAGAUUAAUUCUAAUGAAAAUGAUGAUGAACAAAAAAGUGUCAAUUUUCUAUCAAAAAGUGACACAGAAUCAAGUUCUAUUCCAAAUUAUCAAGAAGUUAAAAGUUAUUCUUCUUCAUUAAAAAGUGACAAAUCUGACACAAAAAGUGACGGUGAAGAAAGCAAUUCAUCUAAAUCAUUUCAUUUGAAGAAAAUUACAAAAGAGAUGUUGAUUAUUUACAGACAAUUAAACAAGAAAAUCAGUGAGUAUUCAGACAAAAGAAAUAAUCCUCAUGUUUCUAUCGCAUUGAGAAUGAUGAAAAGAGGAGAAAAAGUUCCACAACAUGCGACGAUACCAAUGAUAGUCACUUCACCUGAUGUUAGAGAAUUAUGUGACAAAGUGAAGUUGCCAGAUGAAGUGAAAGACAUGUCAGAAAUUGACAGUCAAUGGUAUCUUGUCAAUCAAAUUUUGCCACCAAUAAUUCGCUUGUUUGCUCCUUAUGAACAUGUUGGAAGUUCAACAAUUGGAAGGAGUUUGGGAUUGACAGUCAUGGAGACAAAAAAGAAUAUUAAUGAUUCAUAUGAGAACUCAUUUAAUGAAGAUAUUCCACAUCAACGAGAAUUGUUUUAUCAAUGUCAAUUAUGUGGUAAAAAGAUUAGAUUUGCACGAGAUUAUUUGUGUUCAUUGAGAUGCAGUAAUUGUUGUGAAACACAUAAUUGGAAGAUUGUUUCAAAUUUAUUAGUACAAAAUGUACGAGAAUUUAUAUCAGAAUCUGUGAAAGAUAACAUGAAUGAUUCUGAAUUACAUUCAACAUUGCGAUAUUUUCUUGGAAUAUUCACAAACAAAAAAGUAUUGACCGAAGAUGAUGAAGACUUCGAAGAAUUCAGAUGUUACAUGGAACGACGAAUUUCCUCAAUGCUUGAUGGACACAUUUAUAACCAUGUUGAUAUUUCUUCUUUAAUUUCUUUUAAAUAA